CACUCAGCCCAUCACCCCCUUUUACCCCAUCCCCAUUCCUUCAAGUAACUCCCCCUUCCAUAAUUUCACUCUCUACUCUCUCUCGGUCGCCAUUAUUUCCGACACCUCUCUCGCCGGAAAACAUGGCGCACAACCCACCGCCCGACGGUUACUCCGAUGACUUCCUCGACCAAAUUCUCGCCAUCCCCUCUUACAAUGCUGCCUUGUCCAACACUGAUUCCACCCUGACCCCAUCUCAUCUCUCCACCGCCGGAGCUUCUCAGCAGCCGCUUUUCCCUUUGGGUUUGAGCUUAGAUAAUAGCCACCGCGAGAGAGGAUCGAUCAACAUGGGGAAUAUGUUUCCAGUGUUUGAUCAUGUACAGCCUCACUCUGUGCGUCAAGCUGCUCCUCAAAUGCACCAGCCUUUUCAAAACCAGACAACAACGAGCACUGCAGUGACUGUUCCACACCCUCCUAAUAUGCGUCCAAGGGUACGAGCUCGACGAGGACAAGCUACAGAUCCCCAUAGUAUUGCUGAAAGGCUGCGUAGAGAAAGAAUCGCGGAGCGGAUGAGGGCCUUGCAGGCACUCGUUCCCAGCUGCAACAAGUCAGACAAGGCUGCUAUGCUUGAUGAGAUCCUGGAAUAUGUGAAGUUUUUGAGGCUUCAAGUAAAGGUUCUGAGCAUGAGUAGGCUGGGUGGAGCUAGUGCUGUGGCUCAGCUUGUAUCAGAUGUCCCAUUGCAAUCAGUGGAGGGGGGCAUGACUGAAAAUGGAGGUGAUCGUCCUGUUUGGGAGAACUGGUCUGAUGAUGACAUGGAACAAGAAGUAGCUAAACUAAUGGAAGAAGAUGUUGGAUCUGCCAUGCAAUUCCUCCAGUCUAAAGCAUUAUGUAUUAUGCCAAUCUCACUUGCUUCUCUUAUAUAUCCUACUAAUCAGUCAGACGUCUCCCUUGUCAAGCCUGAACCUCCAGCGCCAUCUUAGACCUCUCGCCAACUGCACGUGCCUAUGACGACUCCUGAUCAGCGUGAUGUCUUAUUCUCCUUUACAUCAAACCUUAUCCUGUAAUUAAGUAUUAUCUUCUAUUACCUGUCGUUCUCCCCCGUAAUGCAAUCAAAGUCAGAUGCCACCAUUGUACCUUUUCCCUCCCUUUAGUCUUUUUGGUGUUGCUUAAAGUCUUCCUACACAAGGUGGUGAAAGGGAGAUUAUUUGGCAAGCAAAGUCUUUCUUUUUGUGGUGGGAAAUCGUAUAUUCCAUGGUGGCCAGUAGGAUGUUGACAAAAAGUAUGAAUUAGUUUAGUAAGGACAUAGAUGGAUUAAGAAAUGUGCCUAUUGCAAGUAGUUGCAGAUAAUUGAUUUUUGCUUGACCUGUA